UAAAAGUGGGCGUGGUUUGCUUCUGCACUUUCAGGAAAUAAGGAUUUGGAAAUGUUGAAGACAUCACAUUGAACACAGGUCAGAUUGUUAAGAACAGCACUUGAACAGAAACCUGUAGGAGAAACGAGCUCCUGCAGAAAUGAAGGACGUCACGCCGCUUCCCGAUAUGGAGGCUCUGCCUUUCUCACCCAGCACUGGUCAGAGUCUGGAGAACCGGAUCCUGAAGCAGGCCUCUUCAUCUCUCCUCCAACCUCCUUCAUGGGCGAACCUGACCUCAUCAUGUCCAGCUCUCUGUCCAUCCAGCCUGUCCUCCACUGCCUCAUCCUCUCCUCUGCUGUCCAUCUCAUCCAGCCUGCUGUCCUCUCCUCUGCUCAGGACUGAAAACCCUCAUCUAAAGUACGACCCUCCCACUAUCUCCUCUCUCUGCUCGUCUCAACCCCUGAGCUGCUUGCUCCAAAGCACAGCGCCAUCUUCUGGUGCUGAAGCUCAAAAAUGUCUGAGUGAGAAAUUGGAACAUGGAGGUAUUAAAGUAGAGGAUGAUGACUCGUGCUCCACCGACGAUCUUUCAUCAUCCAUCGAGGAGCUAAAUGAGUUCUCGGAUCUCGAGGAACAGAUGCAGAUUGACGGUGAGCUCCCAGCUGAGAUUCCUGUACUGGAUCUGAGGCUGUCUGAGGAAGAGGAGAAGCAGAUGCUCGACGUGGAUGAAGGGUUUGGAGAGUUCGACUCAACCUCGGACAGAGACGCAGAAUUGCUAGCGGAAAAGAAGUAUACGCUGCUGAAGUUCGUCUGCUCCUCCCUGUUACAUAAGAAUUAUUUACCAGGCCAGUCGGGCUGGGAUACCAGUGUUCAUUUAUGGACCUCUAUACAAGACCUGGGCACUGACAUCACCCUUAGUGAUCCCGAGUUCCUGCUCAAGGUGGCUGUUUAUACCAGACAGGAUUUGAACAUUCGCAUCACAGCAAACUUCCUGCUGGCCCUCGCCGCUUAUCUUCCAAACUCCAAACCGCACCUGAGGAGGUAUUUCUGCUCGGCUGUGCAGCUGCCAUCCGAUUGGCUGGAGGUGACAAGGGUAUACAGCCAGUGUUUUAGCACUUCUCUGCCCUCGUGCCUGAAAAAAGCUCUGGCUGACAAAUUCAAGCAGUUCAGUGAGUAUCAGCUGGCCAAGUACAACACUCGCAAACACCGCUGUAAAUACAGCAAGAAAAAACGCAAGGAGGUGUCUCUCAACGAAUGGAGCAAAUGGGCAAGGAUUCUUGCAGCAGACCCUCAUGUUCUCAAGAGAUAUGUGAAGUCGAUUCAGCGGGUUUCAGCAGAUAAAAAAGAGAACGAUUUCAACAUGAAGAAACUGAUUAAACGCCUCCACAUUAAAGAACCGGCCGAGCACGUCAUGAGCAUCCUCGGGAAACGGUACCCGACGGAUGUGAGGGCGUUUUGGCGCAGUGGGCUCAGUGGGGUGUGGCAGAGUGAAAGAGCCAAUCAGAGGAUGAGACUGAAGCAGCCGGAGACGUGGGAGACGCGACUGAGUCAGGAAGGAAACAAAGCAGAGACCUGGGAGAAGCUCAUAGAUAAUAAUUCUCUGCCCUUCAUGGCCAUGCUGAGGAACCUGAGGAACAUGAUCACGCAGGGCAUCAGCAACAAACACCACGACAAGAUCCUCAAACGACUUAACUCAAAGUCUGCAGUGAUCCAGAGCCGUCAGUUCCCCUUUCGCUUCCUGUCAGCGUAUAAAGUUGUCCUGGGACUGAGCUCAUCAGUCCGUGGUGGUGUAAAUGUGAAGACCAGCAGAACGGAGGUCCUGCGCAAGAUUUUGAAAACGAUCCCGAAGGGCAGGAGAUAUAGAUCCCUUGAUUGGUCGACGGCGAAUCGUCAAAGGCUCCUCAAUACGCUGCGGGUUCCUUUCAUCCGUGGGGUCUACAAGUCAAAUAUCAGAACGCAACAGAAAACCAGGUACCCGACGGAUGUGAGGGCGUUUUGGCGCAGUGGGCUCAGUGGGGUGUGGCAGAGUGAAAGAGCCAAUCAGAGGAUGAGACUGAAGCAGCCGGAGACGUGGGAGACGCGACUGAGUCAGGAAGGAAACAAAGCAGAGACCUGGGAGAAGCUCAUAGAUAAUAAUUCUCUGCCCUUCAUGGCCAUGCUGAGGAACCUGAGGAACAUGAUCACGCAGGGCAUCAGCAACAAACACCAUGACAAGAUCCUCAAACGACUUAACUCAAAGUCUGCAGUGAUCCAGAGCCGUCAGUUCCCCUUCCGCUUCCUGUCAGCGUAUAAAGUCGUCCUAGGGCUGAGCUCAUCAGUCCGUGGUGGUGUAAACGUGAAGACCAGCAGAAAGGAAGUCCUGCGCAAGAUUUUGAAAACGAUCCCGAAGGGCAGGAGCUAUAGAUCUGUCGAUUGGUCGACGGCGAAUCGUCAGAGGCUCCGCACUACGCUGCGGGUUCCUUUCAUCCGUGGGGUCUACAACUCAAAUAUCAGAAUGCAACAGAAAACCAGACUGGAAACUAUCAGUCUGGAGCUGCUGCAGCGUUAUGGUGAAGCCCUGGAAAAUGCUAUACAGAUCUCCUGCAAGCACAACAUCCCUCCUUUGUCAGGACACACACUCAUCUUCUUCAUGUCCUUUACUUCGACUACUGGAAUGAAAGGCACUGAUUUCUGCCUCCGCCCGAGAUUGAUGGAGGUGUCAUUGCUCCUGGCUAUGAUGGUCCGCUACUGCAGCGAGCACACACAGUUCGUCCUGGCAGACGAAGACGGCUUGCAGGAAAUCCAGGUUGGGUCUGGUGGGCUUUUGGAGAACGUGAGAAGUGUGGCCAAGCUGAUCGAGUUGAUGGAGGUGUCAUUGCUCCUGGCUAUGAUGAUCCGCUACUGCAGCGAGCACACACAGUUCGUCCUGGCAGACAAUGAAGGUUUGCAGGAAAUCCAGGUUGAGUCAGGUGGGCUUUUGGAGAACGUGAGAAGUGUGGCCAAGCUGAUCGAGAUGAUGGAGGUGUCAUUGCUCCUGGCUAUGAUGAUCCGCUACUGCAGCGAGCACACACAGUUCGUCCUGGCAGACAAUGAAGGUUUGCAGGAAAUCCAGGUUGAGUCAGGUGGGCUUUUGGAGAACGUGAGGAGAGUGGUCAAGCUGAUUGAGGUGAAUAACAUCAUCUUCCUGGAGGACUACAUGUCUGAUAGUAUGACGGCGUUGAUGUCGAUUGAAAGAUUUCGGAAGGCCUGCAUCAGUAAACCGUUAUUGACUAAAAUUCUCAGUCUGGAGCUGCUGCAGCGUUACGGUGAGGCCUUGGACAAAGCCAUGAUGGAGGUGUCAUUGCUCCUGGCUAUGAUGAUCCGCUACUGCAGCGAGCACACACAGUUCGUCCUGGCAGACAAUGAAGGUUUGCAGGAAAUCCAGGUUGAGUCAGGUGGGCUUUUGGAGAACGUGAGAAGUGUGGCCAAGCUGAUCGAGAAAUUUGAAGAUUCCUCUCAGAAGGUGCAGCCAGACAACUUCUUCUCCAAGCUUCUUGAGGAGAAAACAAAGGUGAAUAACAUCAUCUUCCUGGAGGACUACAUGUCUGAUAGUAUGACGGCGUUGAUGUCGAUUGAAAGAUUUCGGAAGGCCUGCAUCAGUAAACCGUUAUUGGUGAACAUUUCACUCGAUGACACGCGGAGAAAUGCUUCCACGGACGCCUCAGAUGAUCCGAAAUCAGUGAAGUUGUAUGGCUUCAGUGAGCAAAUCCUCAGUUUUAUUUCCGAGUGCGGUUCCUCAAGACUUUUGGAUCACGUGGAGCAAAUGGACAAACUGCACAAGAUUCCUCCUCCAACAGGAUCUACUGCAAAACAGGAAAGAGCCGCUGACAUCAUGCCCCUGCCUGCAGUUCCUAAACUCAGGUGGCGCAGCGUGCGUGUCUUCAUCUCGUCUACGUUCAGAGACAUGCACGGUGAACGAGACGUCCUGGUGCGCAGUGUUUUCCCGGAGUUACGCCGGCGAGCGGCUCCCAUCUGCCUCCAGCUGCAGGAAGUGGACCUGCGCUGGGGCGUGACCGAGGCCGAAUCAGCACGCGCUGCCGAGAUCUGCCUCCAGGAGGUCUGUCGCUCCCAAGUGCUGCUGGGAAUUCUGGGAGAGAGAUACGGCCUGGUGCCGCCUCGGCCCUCGCUGCCUGACCUGCCUCAGUACAGCUGGCUGAAAUCGGCUCCUGGCGGUCUGUCGGUCACAGAGAUGGAGAUUCGUCAGUUUCAGGCCGUGUUUCCUGAUUCGGCUCACAGCCGCAUGUUCUUCUACUUCAGAUCUCCUCAGUUUCUCAGCUCAGUGCCUGAAGUUUGGAGAGGCGACUUUGCAGCUGAAUCCGAGGAAACUGCAGCAAAAAUGGAUAAACUGAAGGAAUGGAUCAGAAACAAAGACUUCAGAGUGUCGCAAAAUUACCCGUGUGAGUGGGGCGGAGUCGUAGACGGAAAAGCGUACGUGAAGGCUCUGGAAGAUUUUGCGAAGGCUGUGACUGAGGAUCUGUGGUCUGCCAUACAGAAGCUUUUUGUGGAGGAAUCAGACGAGGCGGAUCUGACGGCAGAGAUUACAGAACAGGAAGUCCACCAGGACGCCCAGCGCCGGCAGUUUUGCGGCAGAGCCAAGCUGCUUUCAAAGGCAAAAGACAGAAUCGAGGAAUGUCAGCGGAAAGGCGGAGUUCUGCUGGUAGAGGGCGGGGCCGGGGUCGGCAAAACGACUUUCAUGGCUGCAUUGGCUCACAAACUUCAAACUCCAGACAAGAUAAAGAAAGUGCCCAUGUGUGAUGUCAUAUCCUAUUCCACAGCCGCUAGCCAAUCAGCUUCUGGGGUUGAGCCCCUCCUACGCUGCUUGGUCCAGUGGCUGAGAAAGAGGAAGCAGCAGGAGGAGGAGCUUCCUUCUAACACACCUUACAGAGAUCUGCUGUCCGAGUUACUCACACACCUGAAGGAGGUGAAGAAAGGCCGAUCUCUGGCGUUACUCAUCGAUGGAGCGGACCUGGUGCACGAUGCCCGAGGGCAAAGAGUUUCCGAAUGGAUCCCACAACGCAUUCCUAAGGGUGUAUGCCUGGUCCUGAGCAUGUCUUUAGACUCGCCGCUCCGCAGCAUUAUAAGCGAAAACAAAAGCUGCAUGUUGUUUCCGCUGGGGCCGUUACUGCUGCCGGACCGGAGAGAGAUCGUCCAGAAGGAGCUGAGCGUGUACGGGAAGAAACUGAGCGACUCUGCUUUUAAUAACCAGCUCCAGACUCUGCUGAUGAAGAAGGGAGCUGUGAGUCCACUGUAUCUCCGCUUGGCUUGUGAGGAACUCAGGAACUAUGCUUCGUUUGAAAAGAUGACGGAGAACCUGAAGUGUCUCCCGGCGUCUCUGGAUGAGCUCAUUCAGCAUGGUCUGAUCAGGCUGCAGUCUCAGUACCGAGGAACCGGACUCAACUGGACCCUGGCUGCUCUGGCGGUCAGCUCUACUGGUCUGAAAGACAGCGAUCUACACUUCCUGUUGAACCUGUGCACUGAUCUGAGCUCCACACACACCCCGCUGAACUGGCAGGAAGUGAUGAAACUUGCCAGGAACCCUAAAACCAGAGUGCCCAUGGCCACGUUCUCCCAGUUGGCUCGAAGUCUACAGAGUCUGAUCGGGUCGUCUCUGUUUGUGGAUCCGGAUCCGUCCUCGGUUCUCAUCAAUCCGGAUGUGAAAUCGGCGUUCGAGCGACUUUACCUCUCCGAUCCGGACGACAGAAGCAGAUCGCACAUGAUUCUCGCAGCUUACCUGUGGGUGCGGUCAGAUCCUCACGGACACGACACGUUCCUGCACUGUGACCCGGACUCACUCACACAGCUUCCUGCUCAUCUGAUGAAAUGUGGUCAUCGGGAGCCGAUGCACUUCCUGCUUUGCAGUUACUACUUCCUGUAUGCUAAUGUGCGUCAUGGGCUCCUGCCCAGCCUCAUGGAGAAUUACCAUUUAUAUGAAAAGAUUUAUGAAGUGGAC